AUGCACGGGUUACCAGACCGUGACGGACGUGAUGGCCGAGAAGGAGCGAAAGGUGACCCGGGAAGCCCGGGAAAGACUGGGCCCCAGGGACCUGCUGGUGUAAAUGGGAAAGAAGGUGUCAAAGGAGAGCCUGGUGUACAGGGCCCACCUGGUCCAAAAGGGGAGCGUGGACAAAGUAAACCUCCUGGGAACCUAGGUCUGAUGCCUUUUAAGAACUGGAAAGAGUGCGCAUGGUAAAUUGAACGAUAACAAAGACAAUGGUUUAAUAAAGGUAAAGGUUAAAAGAUUUACAAAUGAUAUUUAAUAUUACAUGGCAAAGUUUAGUUUUAUAACCUAAUGAUUUGUCUAUUCAAAGUUUAUUUCCUUCAUAUUUUAUAGGAAUGUGUCUUCACCAAGAACUUUUCUGACACCGCUCUUCAUGUGGCCUUGACUGGUGCCCUUAGAAUAUACAGGUGUACAGCCUGUUGCAAACGUUGGUACUUCACUUUCAACGGCGCAGAGUGUUCAGCUCCUUUACCCAUUGACGGUGUGGUGUACAUGUGGCAAGGUAAUGCUCAAGAUCUUCACCGCGUUCGCCAUAUUGAGGGGCACUGCAACAACAUCCACAAAGGAAGGGUGCGCGUUGGAUUUUGGGUCGGUCAUUGUCCGAGUCACUCACCUGGUGACGCCUACACAGGCUGGCAGUCUGUGUCCCGGAUCUUCAUUGAAGAAGUUCCUAAGGCUCAGGCCUAG